CGCUCGGUUUGUGUCGGGGACGUUGACGCAUGCGUGCAGACUCGGAGCGGCGGUAUUGCGUUGCGUGCGGUGGGUUAUUCUCGGACGUUGGCUCGCGUAAACUUGAUCGUUGAUCGGUGACCCCUGGGCUAUGUCGGUGCGCCAUAUGAGGAAUGUACGCUGCAGUUGCCCCUCUCUUCGAUGCAUUGACAACGCCAACAUAUGGCAUGUCGCCUCUCGAUUCGGUGGGCUUCCUCUUCGUGGUGGAAGACGGCGUCUUCGCACCUGGCACCACUAGCACGUCAACUGCUGUUCCAGUUCACCUGCAACCUGAGAACCCCUGGCUGUUUCGCGUCGGCGAGUUACCCGUUUUGUCGCGUCUUCGCAGUGUUCUCAUGGGUACGGUAUGUGCAUAUAUGGAGUUGCGAUGACGCGGGUGUGCUUCGGUGCGCUUCUUCUGCUUCGCAGCAGAGACCAAAUCUGCCUCCAUGUUCCUCGAAUAGGAGACUGCGGCAUCAUGCGGCCGGCUUCACUCUGUUCCUGGUUUGCCUCGACACGCAUGGCUAUCGCUGUCUACCUGUGCGUAGCCGCCGUCUACGGUACCCCUUUCCUGUCGACACGCACAGCCAUGAAGGAUUUUUUCGGCUGCACUUUGGGCGUCACGAACAUAUUCAUCUCUGCCAUCGUGUGCUGGCGCUUUUCCAUGGGAAGGCCACUAUCAAGGUGCAUAUGCGGCAUCCCAGCAUCAUUUAUGACAGGCUCCCCUGAGAACGCGGCGCAGCACGUUCGUACGUACGUACGUAUACUGGUCGGGCGUGCGUAUGUUCAGCGGUGAGACACUUUGCACUAACGAUUGCCUUGGCGACUCGAGGAAGGGCUCUUGCAUCCUGCCGGCGGCCGGACGUCAUACCUUGCCAGGGAAUCCCGCACACCGGACUCGCACGGUCAUCUCACCUAAAGUCUCUUUUUUCUCUCAACGCAUGUUCGCGCUGUUUAUCCGAUCGAUAAUGAAGUGCGUCUCUCACUGCGCAUUGUGUGCUUGGCUUGGGUUGACGUUGACUGCGUGUAUAUCC